ACCGCAGAGCACCAUUUCUCCUUCUCCCUCUUUUCUCCGCUCCCAAAACACUCCGCACCUUCUCACUCCUCUCUCUCUCUCAUGGCGCCCCCUUUCCUCUUCCCAUCCGAUCUCAGAGACCUCGAGGAAGACGAAGACGACGAUUCAGACGAGCACCGCCUCCGCGUGCGAUCGCCCAUCGAGGUCUCCUCUCUCCGCCCCUCCGAAAUCGAAGAGCUCGUCAAAGGUGUCGCCUUUGAUCUAUCCGAUAAGGAGCUCUUCUGCGUUGAGGAGCAGGAUAUCUUCGACCGCAUAUACUCCCUCGUGCGGGACUUCCCACGCCUCGCCCCUUCCUCCAAGUUUAACCUCGUCGAAACCCUCCGCUCCAACCUCAGCGUGCUCCUCCCCAACGCCGACUCCCUCUUGCGUGCCCCCGACGACUCUUCGCCAGCUGGCGGUGUCGCCAUUGCCGACCUCAUCGUUUCCCACCGCAACGCUCUCAAAAUCUACACCUUCUUUCUCCUUAACAUUGUCCUUGCUGAGGAGUCUAGUAGUGAGACCGGUGGCAGUUCUAAGGUGGCCACGCAGGGCCGGAAGAAAAAUCCAGGGUAUGCGUGGAAUUGGGAAGCUCAAAGGAGUCGGAUAGUCAAUUUGAUUGCGAAUUCUCUCGAGAUCAACCUUUCUCUGCUCUUCGGAUCUACAGGCACCGAUGAAAGUUACCUCUCGUUUAUUUCGAAGUGCACUUUCUUUCUUUAUGAGAACCAAAACUUGUUGAGGGAUGAAGAAACCAGAAACGGCCUUGGCCGGAUCAUAGGUACUAUAGCAACCAAGCACCAGCGGACCGAUCAGACAUGUGCAUCGAUCUUGCACUUAAUCCAUAAAUUCGAUUAUGCUGUUCUUCACAUUGCCGAAGCAGUUGCUGCCGCUGAAAAGAAAUUUGGCGAUGGUAGUCUUGCUGUCUCACUUAUUAGAGAGAUAGGUCGAGCUGAUCCCAAAGAAUAUUCGAGGGAUGGUAUUGGGGCGGAGAACGUGGGGAGGUUUCUUAUAGAGCUUGCAGCCCGGUCCCCAAAACUUAUGUCCACCAAUAUUGGUGUUCUGGUCCCUCACUUUGGUGGGGAGUCUUUCAAGAUCAGAAAUGCUCUCGUUAGUGUUUUAGGCAAGCUGGUUGCAAAGGCUUUCAAAGAUUCUGAAGGUGAUGUUAGCUCUAAAUCCUUAAGAUUGAGGAGCAAGCAGGCUAUGCUAGAGAUCUUGGUCGAACGGUGCAGAGAUGUGUCGGCAUAUACUAGGAGUCGUGUCCUUCAAGUGUGGGCAGAGCUUUGUGAAGAGAAUGCUGUCUCUAUUGGUCUGUGGAAUGAGGUGGCAGCAGUUGCUUCUGGAAGGCUGGAGGAUAAGAGUGCAAUGGUGAGGAAGUCAGCAUUGAAUCUUCUCAUUACUAUGUUGCAACAUAACCCGUUUGGCCCGCAGCUUCGUGUUGCAGCUUUUGAGGCAACUUUGGAGAAAUAUAAAGAGAAAUUGCAUGGGAUAGAACCUUCUAGCCCUUCAGAAGAUGCUCAUGAAGUUGAGGGUACCUCUACUAAAGAAGCAGUGGUGGAUCAAGAAGAGAGCGUCAGUGAUAGUUGCUUGCCUUGUAGUGAGGAGCAGAAAGAAAAUGGUGCAGCCGUUCCAGAUAUUGGGAAUUUGGAGCAGAUUAGGGCGUUGGUAGCCUCUCUAGAGGCUGGUUUGCGGUUCUCGAGGUGUAUUACUUCGCUGAUGCCAACCUUGGUCCAGCUGCUGGCUUCAUCUUCUGCUACUGAUGUGGAGAACACAAUACUUCUGCUGAUGAGAUGCAGGCAGUUUCAAAUCGACGGCUCAGAAGAGUGCCUCCGCAAAAUGUUGCCUUUGGUAUUCUCCCAGGACAAGUCUAUAUAUGAAGCUGUGGAAAAUGCUUUUAUCACUAUAUAUAUAAGAAAAGGCCCAAUUGAAACUGCUAAAAAUUUGCUAACCUUAGCAAUUGGUUCUAGCAUUGGUGACCUUGCAGCGUUGGAACGUUUGAUUAGUUCUUUGGUGUCCAAAGGGGAAAUUUCUUCAAGCACAAUAUCAGCUUUGUGGGAUUACUUUUGCUUUAAUAUCGCCGGAGUGGUGGCAGUGCAAAGCCGUGGGGCUUUAUCCAUUCUCUGCAUGGCAGCAAAAGCAUCUUCCAGCAUUCUGAGUACUCACAUACAGGAUAUAAUUGAUAUUGGUUUUGGCCGCUGGGCUAAGGAGGAAACUUUACUUGCAAGAACAGCAUGUGCUGCUCUUGAAAGACUCUCUGAGGAAGAUAAGGAAAAAAUAAGAAGUUCUGGGGCUAGGGUGUUUGCUGUUCUACAGAGCUUAAUAAAUGGCUUUUGGCUCCCGGAUAACAUUUGGUAUGCAGCCGCUGAUAAAGCCAUAAAUGCUGUAUAUUCAUUACACCCAACACCCGAAAAAUUUGCUGCUGAUAUCGUGAAGAGGUCUCUCAGCUCUGUAUUCAGCUGUACCGUAAGAGAUGAAGUGCCGAAUGGUGUAGAUCAGGGAAGCACUGACUUUCUUUCCACGGUGCCAGCUGUGAAACUUAGUAGAUUUCUUUUCAUUGUAAGUCAUGUUGCACUAAAUCAAUUGGUCUAUAUUGAAAGCUGUCUGAGGAAGGUGCAGAAACAGAAAAGAAAGAAGGAGAAAUCAGGUUCUCUCGCUGGGAAUCCUCAUGGCGGUUCCACCGAAGUAUCUGAGGUGCCAGGUAUAAAUGCUGAAUUGGGCCUUGGUGCAUCAGUCGACAUAGUAAUAGAUACACUUGCCGAAAGAGCAGAGAAAGAAAUUGUUUCUUGUGGUCCUAUUGAUAAAAAUCUGAUUGGAUACUGUGCACCCUUUCUUUCAAAGCUUUGUAGAAACUUGAAUUUGAUGCAGAAGUACCCGGAGUUGCAGGCUUCUGCAAUGCUUGCUCUUUGCAGACUGAUGAUUAUUGACUCCAACUUUUGUGAGGCUAAUCUCCAGCUCCUCUUUACUGUUGCGGAGAAUGCUACAUCAGAAACUGUACGUUCCAAUUGCACAAUAGCUCUUGGCGACUUGGCAGCUCGCUUUCCUAAUCUCUUAGAGCCUUGGACUGAAUAUAUGUAUGCUCGCUUGCGAGAUCCUUCGGUAUCCGUGAGGAAAAAUGCUGUUUUGGUGCUUUCCCAUCUUAUAUUAAAUGACAUGAUGAAGGUUAAAGGGUACAUAAACGAAAUGGCUACACGGAUAGAAGAUGAGGAUGAAAGGAUUUCAAGUCUUGCCAAACUUUUCUUCCAUGAGUUGUCAAAGAAAGGAAACAAUCCAAUCUACAAUCUACUUCCAGAUAUAUUGGGCAGAUUGUGCAACCAAAACCUUAAGGAGGAAUCCUUCUUCAACAUCAUGCAAUUCUUAAUAAAUUCUAUCAAGAAGGACAAACAAAUGGAAGCCCUUGUUGAGAAGCUAUGUAACAGGUUCACUGGUGUAACUGAUACAAGACAAUGGGAGUAUAUUGCUUAUUGCCUAUCUCAGUUAACCUUCAGCGAAAAGGGGUUGAAAAAACUUAUUGAGUCUUUCAAAGUUUAUGAACAUGUUUUAUCUGAAGAUUCUGUGAUGAAUCACUUCCGAAGCAUAGUUGCCAAGUGCAAAAAAUUCCCUAAGCAAGAUCUUAAAGCGUGCAUUGAGGAAUUUGAGGAGAAGCUUAAUAAGGUUCACAUGGAAAGGAAGGAGCAGGAGAUAACUGCUAGAAAUGCCCGUGCACACCAGCAGAAAGUGGGUAGUCUUCAAGGCCUCCUGACAAAUAAGAAAGGAGGAAAAGUUAAUGACAAGUUUGCGAAAGAUGCAAACGGUGAAGUAAUCAACCCUUCAGUAGAGGGAAGAGACGACAUGGAAAGGGAGAGUUCAUCUGAAUCAAAUGAUACAGUGUCGGAAGAAAGUUGCCACUCAAGUGUCGUGACAAAAUUCGAGGCAGAUGGCGAGGAGGUUCAAUCGCCAAGAACUUCUCCUAAAGGUGUGUCCAAAUCUAAAAUGAAGAAAAUCAGAAGCUCAGUGAUGCAAGAUUCAGUAGAUCGGGGUCUGACAAGACGGACAGCUCGCUCAAGUAGAAGAUAAUAGACACCAAACACAGCAACAUGAAGGACAAGAAGAUGAAUACUUUGUAUCUCAUUCAUGUAUUGAUUGGCCAAAUUGUUCACUAAUUGUGCCUGAUAAAAUGUUAGGCUUUUGAAAACUUUCCAUUAGUCCCUGUAACGAUCCUGUCUGCUAACACUAACAACUUGUUGGAUUCAAAUCAUUGGCCAAAAAUGCUUAAGCUCAGUUAUUACUAUCAGAGCUCUUAGUCCUCAUAUCUCUAUAUAGAAAUCUUUUUCCCUCCAAUGUGGAAUUAUUGGGGUGUCACAAUUCCUGUUUAGAAUUAUUUGUUAUUUUAAAGAGACUACUUUAUACAACUUUAAAAUAUUGCUUGUGGUUAUAAACUUAUAAUUAUUUGUUUGUCAGUUAUAGUAUAUGCAACUUUGCCUCUCUCAUUCUCUUCAACCAAUUGUUCGCUUAAUACGUCAAUAUCUGGAACAAUAUACUUAUUUCCAACCAAUUUAUUUCAUAUUUCACUGAUCAUGAUCAUGUAAUGACUUUGAAUUUCUGGCCAUCAUUAACUAAUUUAUUUGCUGAUU